GGAGAGAUCUUUUUAAAGAUCUCUCAAGAUCGCAGUAAUUGGCGGUGUAUUUGGUCACGCGAUUGCAGGCGGGCGCGGUUUGUGUUUUUGUUUUUGUUUUUGUUUUUGGUUUUGGUUUUGUUCUGUUUCGCUGGCGGGAGGAAAACCAUUUUUGAAGGAAAGAGAGAUCGGUAUUGAAAGGUGAAUUUAAGAGAAUUGGAGAGAAGAUUAUAGCGUUUCUCAAAAAAAAAAACGGAGGAGAAAGGAGGGAAAAAAAAGAAAAAGAAAGAGAGAUCGUUUUGUCGGUCGUGACAGGGCGGGAAGUUUCAAGUGACACGUGGAGGGGGUGAAGCGGAAUUUGAGGAAUUCGCGCGCGAAGAAAGGAGGCCGGUCGUAAAUUGGCGGGGGCGGGAGGUUGCACGCGACACGUCGGACGUGCGGGGAGCUGGACAGUCAGGAGCGCCGUCGGCAGGCGAACGGUGGAGGUGGAGCCACGUCAUCACACGCACAAACCGUCGUACAUCCGUCGCACAUCCGUCGCACCUACGUCGCACCUACGUCGCACCUACGUCGCACAAGGCCGGCGGCGGGGGGAAUCGAUCGGAGCGAUCUUAUCAUUUGUCGUUGGUCGGCGACGGCGACGGCGACGGCGGCGGGCUUCCAGCUGCGCGUCGUCACACGUUUUUUUUUUUUUGAACUCGCUGCUGCGCUCCCGCUCUUUUUCUCGCGCUGUUUCCUGUUUUGGAUUUGGAAUCUUCUGGGAUCUUCGGUGACACGUCAGCAAUCAUGGUUUGCAUACGGCAAGCAACGGUUGACGAUUUGUUGGCCAUGCAGAGUUGUAAUCUCAUGUGUUUACCAGAAAAUUAUCAAAUGAAGUACUAUUUGUACCACAUUCUAUCAUGGCCACAACUGCUUUAUGUCGCAGAGGAUUAUAACAAGAAGAUCGUUGGUUAUGUCCUUGCAAAAAUGGAGGAAGAGUCAACAGACUGUCAUGGGCACAUCACAUCACUGGCAGUGCUAAGGACUCAUAGGAAGCUGGGACUUGCAACGAAGCUGAUGAGUGCAGCACAGCGUGCUAUGGUUGAAGUUUUCGGUGCGGAGUACGUCUCCCUCCAUGUGAGGAAGAGCAAUCGGGCAGCUUUUCAUCUGUACACUGAAACUCUGGGUUACAGAAUAAAUGACAUUGAAGCGAAGUAUUAUGCUGAUAGUGAGGACGCAUACGACAUGCGGAAGAUCUUGAAGCCAAAGCAGCCAAGUGAAAAAGACAAAACUGACAAGACGGAGAAAGAGGACUCCGGGAGCGUCACCACGUCUGCGGGUGCGGGGAAGCAUGCUGGUGAGAAAGGAGAGAAAGCGGGAGCAGGGGAGAAAGGAGACAAGGCUGGGUCGACUGAAAGAGGUCCAAAGGGUGGGAUAGGGGAGAAGGGUGCGGCUGUCGGGGGUGAGCGAGCAUCGGACACACACGGUGGAGGCUCGGGCACAGCAACAGGAGCCCGCAAAGAAGUCCAUGAGAAGGAUAACCAUUCGAGCGACCAUCAUCAUCGGCGUCGUCAUCAUCAUAAAGGGGGGCGGGAGGAGUUGGAUGGUGGGAAGGGAGGGGGUGGUGCUGCAAAGCCUUCCUCAGACCAGCCAUGUGGUGUGAAUGCGGUCGACUAGUGUGUUGAACCGAUGCCGAGGAGAGGGGGAGGGUGGGGGUUGGGGUGUAAUGGGACCCAGAUGAUUAGCUCGGUGUCGGAAGGGUGCCAGAGGGGAGAAAGGGUGCAGCUUGUGGAGGUAAGUUAGCAUCGGAGACUUGUAUGCCGGAGUCUCAGGCAUGGCAGCAGGAGGCCGCAGUCAGCCAGGCCUCCCUCAGAGCGUCCAGGUGGCAUGCAUGCAGUAGGUUAUUGUGUCGAGCCAAUUUGACAGGGGUGGAGGGAGAGGGGGGCGGGAGGGAGCGCGAGGCGGGGGAGAACAGAUACAGAUGAUAACUGAGCUUUCUGUCAGAAGAAUGAGUCGACACCAUUGGUGCGUAUGAUGUAGGGGGACGAAUGUCCUACUUUUGUUGUGGGAUCAACAGAGGGAGAAGUGGAUGGUGUUCGUUAGCGCUUUGGGAAGACGUCUUACAUGUAUGACCAGUAAAUGGGAAGGUGGAGCAGUACUUUGUGGAACAAUUUAGGAGUGGGAGGGGAGAAAUUGGGGGUGGGAGGGGAGGAGGAGGAGUAGGUGGUGCAUUGCGGCCGAGCUGUUAUGUGCAAGUCUCCGGCUUGCAAAGCUUUUUGACUCCGGUGAGAGCAGGUGAUGCCAUUUGGAAAAACAAAAAAGUGAGUGAGAGAGAAUUUCUACAAGUCAAUCGAGCUGUGGUUGAGCUGUUUCUAAUGUUUUUAUGAUGCUGAUCGAGAGUCUGCGAUUGGCGAAGAUUUGCACAUAAACGAGC